AUGCCUGGUCUGGUUCAGAGUGGUCGCUCAUCGCCGAAUAUGCAGAACAUCGCAACGGAGGGGCCAGCUCUGUCGCCCGCUGACAAGAAACGGAACAGAUUAGGAUACCAACGCACUGCGGUCGCAUGCGGCCACUGCCGGCGGCGCAAGAUCCGCUGCGUGCCUGCUUUCAAUGACACAAGCGGUCGCUGCCAGAACUGUAGUCGCCUCAAAAAAGAGUGUCAGUUCUUCCCUGUCGACUUACCGGGCUCAGCGCCCCCGAAGCGUGUGCGCAAGGCGACGAACAACUCUGAAGCCUUCAAUAACGAAGGAGACACUUCGGUCGCCUCAUCCUCUCCAGGUGGCAUCCUUAGGAGCACCUCAGUGGAACAAUUGAAUGAUGUCGACGAUCACUUGGACACUCACCUGUCGCGGGAAAGUCCAGGCCUUCACGGGUUCGACCCUUCUCUACCAAUGUCUCUUCAAGGCCACAACUUCCCAAAUUCUUAUGAUUCUAACCACCAGCACCACCAGGGCCAACAGAUGCUCAUUCAGUCUUCAUACUCACCUCGAACCUACGCUCAAGAUCAUAUCAAUUCUCAGUUCUAUCAGCAGCAGCAGUAUGGACAUUCUCUGCCCUCACAAUAUUCUUCGGCAUUUUCACACGGGCCUUUGCCUUCGCCCAUGGCGACCAUCGCGCAAGAACCCACGUACGAAUACCAGACACCAGUGUCAAAUCCUCCCUACAGCUGGGGUCAGCCGACACGGUCAUUUUCGUCUGACACCCCCGAAGAGUUGUCGUCCGGCUUUACAACGCCUUAUCGAACCAACACAUUUCCAUUUUUCGAGAAAAGAAUGACGAACCAAACAAUGCAGCUUGCCCCAUCGAGCUCGAGCCUGGCGCAUUCCGGCAUGGAGAGUCAGCAGAAUGCAACGCUCGGUGAUUUUCGCGAAGACAACCAGUAUCAACCCAUGCCGAUGAGAGUACACCAGGAGUGGGGAGGAGGCGGUCCAGAUCCAGCUCAACAAACCUCUGCGCCAGGUUUGGGUAUGUACCCUCAGGCCUGGUAUCCGCCGCAUCCGAAUAUGGAAGGAAUGAGACAGGAUGAGGGCCAGCCUCAAGUACUGCCAUCGCAAAAUCACAACGCAAGAGGAGGUCAGCAUAAGCCCUCUGGCUGA